AUGGUCAAGAUCGAGGCCUUCGCGGUCGAACAGUGGAUGGACAAGUAUGAGACCAUCGCCAAGUACAACACCGCCGAGACCUGCUGCGCCUCCAUCUCCGUGGAUGAUCUCCGCGAAUUAUCUGAAGACAAGGACUCCAACCCCUUGACCCGCCUGCACUCCACGAAACUCACCUACGGUGCGAUUCGUGGAUCCGAUGAACUGCGCGGCACCUUGGCAAACCUGUACUCGGUCAAGACGCCAACGCCUUUACCCAAGGAUAAUAUCCUGAUCACGGCCGGGGCCAUCCAGGCCAAUUUUAUGCUGCUCUAUACCUUGGUCGGCCCGGGAGACCAUGUCAUCUGCCACUACCCCACGUACCAGCAGCUCUACUCGGUGCCCACGUCGCUGGGCGCGGAGGUGAGUCUGUGGAAGUCGGAUGCGGGCAAUGGGUGGCAGCUGGAUAUCAAGGAAUUGGAAAAGCUGAUUCGGCCCAACACGAAACUGAUCAUCAUCAACAAUCCGCAGAAUCCGACGGGUGCCAUCAUUCCUCACAGCACCCUCGAGGAGCUAGUGGACUUAGCGCGCGAGAAGUCUAUCACCCUCUUUGCCGAUGAGGUCUACAGACCCCUCUUCCACAACAUCACUCCCAUGGACAAGGAGUUCCCUCCAUCUCUCCUGUCGCUUGGCUACGAGCGCACCGUGGUCACCGGAUCCGUUUCCAAAGCGUACAGCUUAGCCGGUUUGCGGGUUGGCUGGAUCGCCUCGCGCGAUCCAACGAUCAUCGAAGCCUGCGCUUCCGCCCGCGACUACACCACCAUCUCAGUCGGCCAGAUCGACGACGCAGUGGCUAGCUAUGCGCUCGCGCCGACAUGCAUCCACAAUCUUCUGCGCAGGAAUAUUGAUCUGGCCCGGACGAACCUGGCUCUCCUGGAGAAGUUUAUCGAGUCCCACCGGUGGGCAUGUGAAUGGGUCAAGCCGCGGGCUGGGACGACUGCGUUUGUCCGCUUCACGAAGAUGGGCAAGCCCGUGGAUGAUGUCGCUUUCUGUGAGAUGCUGUUGGACCGUACUGGGGUGAUGUUCGUGCCGGGCAGCGCCUGUUUUGGUGGUGGCGAGGACUUUCCGGGCUACGUGCGCAUUGGGUAUGUGCCUGAGACGGAGGUGUUGGAGCAAGGCCUGGAGGCUUUGAAGGCGUUUAUGGAGGAUGGGUAUGAAGAUGUGCCAUUAUUGAAGAAGAAGUAA